AUGUCGCGGAAGUUUUAUAGUUUCCCCGCUUGUGCGAUACCGCCGCGAAAACACGAGAAGGAUGAGGAGCAGGAGGAGAGGGAGGAGGAGGAGGAGGAGAGCGUGGAAGGAGUGGCGUACGGUUUGUGCCGCCACGGCAACAGGUGCACGUGUCUGCGCUCGUGGGUCGCGCCCCCGGUAACCCUUAAACUCGGCUUUCUCGUCUGCUGCCUAGUUCUCGUCUCCACUGCCAGCGGCUCUCCGGUCAGAGCCGAAGCCGACAUGCUGUCGCUACACUACCCGCGUCACUCGCGCUCGAACCGCACGCACGUCAGUGCGCAGGCGCAGCUGCGACGCAUCGCCCGCCUCGAGUCAGUCAUCAAUCCGCAGUACAUGUCGAGUCUCGUCGUACUGGCGCCGAGCCCUCCCUCCCGACCGCCCUUCUCGCGCGAGCUCAACUACAACGAGCUCUACGAGAAGGCGCGCAAAGUGGACGGAGAGCAGACGCAUGGGAGCAAGCGCGCCAGCAAGCACUGGGACGAGGCGGACGCGCUGCGGGAGAAGCGAGCUGUCUACGACUACGCGGGAAACAUGCCGCAGUCGGUCUGCAACAGCAACUCGUCGUGGGGCGCCCGCCUGACGGCGUUCGACCGCGACGACCGCGAGGUGGCGGUGCUGCAGGAGAUCCUCAUCAACGGGCUCAUCGUCAACCAGUACUUCUACGAGACGACGUGCGUCGCCGAGAAGUCCUGCUACGGCGUCAACCAUCGCAAGUUCUACUCGAUCUGCCGCAGCUCGCCCGUCUUCGUCUACGCCUACGUCAUCAACGCGCACGGAGACACGGGCUGGAGUCACGUGAAGGUCAGCGGCGCGUGCGAUUGCGCCCUCUACAAAAAGUAGUUCCUGCGAGACGCGUGCGACGGCGCGCUCUGCAGAAAGUAGAUCCCAACGCGACUGCGACUGCGCCCUUUACAGAAAGAAGAUCCGGAUCGGGAUCUAGAUGCGCAGACGAGAGGAGCAUGGAGGGAAAUAUCAUAAUCUAGGGCAGGGGUGCGCAUGCGCGCUGCACGGUUCUUAGCGUGUGAGGGGCGGAGAGACGUUCAUUUGUCUGAGAUACGCGUGUUCGCGCGAGAAUACUCUACACAGCUGCACGAUAAUUUUGAACAUUGAUUGUUGAUUAUUAACUUUUGCGUGGAUAUUGUGCGCGUGUUCCCAGUGAAUAAGUGAAUGAAUGCGUGCGUGUGAAGUUUAAUAUACACUGCAUGUAUUUCUGGGCCCUUUUGAAUGACCUAACUUAAUGUUUGGAUUCUGUCAGUGACCCGUCAAGAUAGAGGCAGACAUACUUCCAUUGAUUUAUUACUAUAAUGGCGAUUAUACAUAAAAAAAACUUGAGUACGCCGCUUUUCUGAAAGCAUUCGCGUACUACCUAUAGUUUCCCUAGAAGUUAUUAUAUGAUUUUUAAUGAGAGACAAUGCAUUUAUUUAUAAUGCUGAUGACGAUCUAUACAAGAAUCCUAUCAAUACCUAAAGAGAUUAAUGUCGAUAAUACAACAAUAAGUAGAAAAUUAUGCCGAUAUAAAUCACACACGCAGUGUAUAUUAUAAUUUGGACGUGCACUAGCCGGUAAUACCGGGCAUUGUCAUUCUCGGUACGAAAUAGCAGCAGCCACACUGCAAAACCUAUAAGCAUUAUAAGCUUCAAAAUGCUUGCUUGCUAAACCAAGUACAUACUCAACCCUCCCCUACCCCACCCGCCGAGGCCCACCUCUGCAUGUGAAAUGGCCUAACAAAUCAUUUUGUCCGUGCGUGAUUUCCUCCGUUUUUGUGCGCAUGUGCGUGUGCGUGCGUAUGUGUGUGCGUGUGUCUGUGUGCCUGUGUGUGUGCUUGUGUGCGUUGAAAAGAAUAUGUAUAAGAUGGGUCCCAUUGAUUAAGCGCCUCAAUCAUGAGUCGAUGCACUUUGAUCUAUUUACUCGUCGCUUCAGCAUUUGUAUAGAAUAUCAUGGGUAUGGAAUGUUAACUUGCUUUUCAUAGUUUACUAACGAACGGAGUCGAGAGUAGUGUUUUGCGAGUAGAAAGAGAAACGCUCGUGAUUUUUUGCCUUAUAUAUAUAUAUAUAUAUAUUUGUACUAGUCACACGCUCCUUCAUGCCUGAUCGGAAAUAUAUUGGUUACGUAUGGUACACUCGUGCACCAGCGCACGGGCCAGCUUCCCGGCACAUUCCGUUAGUUACCGGCAAGAAAUUUACGCUGUCAUAUUUACGACAUGCGACCGCUGCUUGUCACACAGAGAAUGCCGCGGAAAUGGCGAAUUCUAGCGACGAUCGCUGCUGCGCUGCUUUCGAAUAUCGAGGCAGCGCGAAGGAGGCGACCUCUACAUGAGAGAACAGGAAGGAUGAUAGCAAUGGAAUCUUGCCACGAUGGCUAUAGCUGUGUAUGUUGCGCAUCGCCUCUUUGCGGCUUCUAUUUGUACGGCCAUCUUUUGUAUUUAUUUUCGUCGAACAGCGAAACUUUUGGUCGUUAGUUCACACGUGUGAGACCGCUGUUAGAUCAACGAUGUAAGUAACGACAUAAACAAUAUUAUGCAAAGAAUAGCGUCGAUACAUCCGCGUUCAGAUUUCUUAGUGUUUAGUAAUGACGUACAAAAUUUACGUAGGUGGCGUUGGAAAUUAGCUUAUUAGCGGUCGAAAAAGCGGUGUCAUCAUCAUCGUUAUCAUCAUCAUCAUCAUCAUCGUCAUCAUCAUCAUUAUCAUCAGCAGCAGCAGCACAAAGAGCAACAACAACAACAACAACAACAACAACAACAGCAACAACAAUAGCAACUAUAAUAAUAAUAACACCCCCCAACAACAGCGGCGACGAACAUAACAACAACAACAACAACAACAACAACAACAACAACAACAACAACAACAAC